AUGUCGGAAACCAAGCAAAUGCUCAUCCAGUUCAACACCAAGGGGAACAACAACAAAUUCUACUACGUCGAGCUUCUUGGCGACGGCGAGAUGGUUCUCGUGCGCUAUGGUCGCGUGGGCAGCAAGGGCACCGAAAUGCGGUACCAUGGUGGCCAGCGCAAGUUUGAUCAGUCUGCUGCGCGCCAAGCGCAACAAGGGACCAACGUCAUCGACACUGCACUGGAGGAGAUCAACUACAAGGACGACGCUGCCAAGGAGCUGGUGAAGAGCAUCUCUGCCCAGAACGUGCACAAGAUCACCAGCGCGACCUCAAUCAAGUUUGAUGCUGCUGACGGCUUGUUCAAGACACCCCUGGGUGUCAUCCAGCGCCUAGGCGUGGAGCAGGCUAUCAAGCUGCUGGGGCAGAUCGAGGAUGAGCUGCCCAAGUUCUUGGAGCUGUAUGAGAAGGAGCCCAAGGCAGAUUUGGGGUUCCAGAAGCGCGGGCGCAAGAGAAAGGCUGACGGCAAGGUCACCAACGAACCAUCAAAGGAGCUGAAGGCGGUCACCGAGCUGAUCUCGCAGCUGAACGAGGAGUAUUUUGUCAUCAUUCCGAACAGGCAGAAGGCGACAUGUGACGCACUGCUCGAGACCCUCGACCUCAUCGACGACCUGAAGAAGAAGAAGCUGCAGGAGGAGGAGAAUAAGAAGGACGAUGAGGACAAGCCCAAGGAGAAAGGGCCUCCGACGUUUGAGGUCGAGAUCGAGACAGUCAAGGACAAGAAGACCUUCAACUAUGUCAGCGAGCUGUUUGACUGUGUAUACAAGAUCAAGCUGGCGUCGCAGCAGGCGCCGUUCGAGGAGUGCGAGAAGGAUCUCGGUGAUGUGCGCCAUCUGUGGCAUGGAACGCGCACGCAGAACCUGCUGUCAAUCAUGAGCAAGGGCUUGCUGCUGCCAAAGCUGUCGCCAGGGCAGAAGGCUGGUGCCAUGUUUGGAGACGGGCUGUACUUUGCCAACCAGUCGACAAAGUCGCUCAACUACUGCGACGGCGGGUACUGGACGGGCAAUGCGCAGAACAAGCCCAAGGUGUACAUGUUCCUGGCUUCAGUAGCGAUGGGCAAGUACUUUGUGCCCAAUGCGGCCGGUAUCAGAGGACCGCCACCCGAGGGGUAUGACUCGUACUGGGCAAAGGCCGGGGAGUCGUGUGUGAUGAACGACGAGCUCAUCGUCUUCAAGGCCGGCCAGUCGAGGCUGGACUAUUUGCUGGAAAUUGAGUUCUAG